GAGUCAAGCUGUAUCGCCAAAGUCUUCUCUAUCUUCAUUUUAGAGAUUAUGCCAAUAAAUAUGAAUUUCCGGAUUCCAGCUUAUGAAAGAAGUAAAAGUUCCUAUGAUCAGUAUAAAAGAAUUUACACCGAUUGGGCCAAUCAUUAUCUAGCAAAAUCUGGCCAUAAACGCUUGAUAAAAGAUCUGCAGCAAGAUGUGACCGAUGGAGUUUUACUGGCUGAAAUCAUCCAGGUUGUAGCAAAUGAGAAGAUUGAAGACAUCAAUGGCUGUCCAAAGAACAGAUCUCAAAUGAUUGAAAACAUAGACGUGUGCCUGAGUUUUCUGGCUGCCAAAGGAAUAAACAUACAGGGACUAUCUGCAGAAGAGAUCAGGAAUGGGAAUUUAAAGGCCAUCUUGGGCCUUUUCUUUAGCCUAUCGCGUUAUAAGCAGCAGCAACAGCAGUCCCCAAAGCAACAUUCAGAGCACUCUCCAUCCCAGCAACCACCCACCUCAUCCCAGCAAGCAAGCUCUCCAUCCCCCAGCCAGGUGGGACUACUUGACCAGCAGAUACAACCACAACCACUGGUGCCAGCUUCACCUCAGACUCAGUGCCAACACCUCCAGCAAGCAGCACAGCUUCAGUUAAAAGCACAACCAGAAAUGCAGUCCAGUGCAUCACCCAGGGACUCAUCUCAAAGCAAAACCAUCCGAUUCACUCUCGGUCAGAAAAAGAAUUCUAGGCUUCCAGGUCCUACCACAAGGGUUUCAGCUGCAGGCAGCGAAAUAAAAACCCGUGGUCCAGCAAAUGCUAACAAUAGGCGCAGCCAGAGCUUUAACAACUAUGACAAAUCCAAGCCCACAAGCCCACCCUCCCUUCUAGCAAGUAGCAGUGAGAAAGAACCAGCAGACAGUUUAGACCCCCAACCCACAGGAAUGAAUGAAAAUGCAACUUCUUUGGUUCAAAGCAGCAGUAGCAACAAUGCUGCCAGUUGCAAUAAUUCUUCGGCCAUCCCCCAGCCCAAUUCUGCAGUCAAACCUUGGCGCAGCAAAUCAUUAAGUGCUAAGCACACAACCACAACAUCCACAUUAACUGUAAAACAGCAGGUUCAAGAAUCUCCCAAACCUCUCCCAGAGAUGGUCAAAACUACUCCCAAUGGUCAGAAAUCAAUGCUGGAGAAGUUGAAACUCUUCAAUACAAAAGGGGGUUCCAAAGCAAUAGGGUCAUCUCUUGAAUGUCCGGGGUCUCGGGACACUAGCUGUGAAAGAUUAGAGGGCCUCUCAAACUUCGAAGAAAGUGAGGAGAUGGAGGCUGCAAACCGGAACUUAAACACCCCAGGACCCACAUCAAAUAGUCCCAAAAUUGCACUUAAGGGAAUUGCACAACGGACAUUUAGUCGGGCUCUGACCAAUAAAAAGAGUUCCCCAAAGGGCAAUGAAAAAGAAAAAGAGAAAAAAGCUGACAUGAAAGAAGAGCUGAAGGAAGAACAGGUCCCUCCUGCUGUAAACGAAAUGCCAAAAAAAUCCUCCAAGAUUGCAAGCUUUAUCCCCAAAGGAGGAAAGCUCAACAGUGCCAAGAAAGAAGCAGCUGCCCCUUCACAUAGUGGAAUACCAAAACCAGGGAUGAAAAACACCACAGGGAAAUCCUCAAGUGCCCCAAGUUGCUCUGCAAAAGAAGGUGAAAGAAGCCGAGGCGCAAAGCCAGCCACCAGCCUCUCUCAUCCAAAAGCACAGCUAGAUUGCAAGAAUUCAAGUUCCACGUCAAGUUUAGCAUCCACUGACGGGAGAGGAAUGGGAGGGUGGUCAGCUUUAAGUUCCAGCAGCAGCAGCCAUGCUGUCAAUGGGCCAACUAACAGUACCACCCAGACAACAGGAAGCAAUACUGUGAGUGUUCAGCUACCUCAUCCGCAACAGCAAUACAGCCAUCCAAAUACCGCCACAGUAGCUCCGUUCAUGUACAGAUCCCAGACAGACAAUGAGGGAAACAUAACAGCAGAGUCCGGUACUGGAGGAGGAAGCACAAGCAUGGAAUCUGCUCCCUGCACAAAAACUGGACAACCUAUUUUAGAAGAUCUUUCUGGGGAAGAUCCAGAAGCGCGCAGAUUACGAACUGUCAAGAAUAUCGCUGAUCUUCGGCAAAACUUAGAAGAGACCAUGUCUAGUUUACGUGGAACCCAGGUGUCCCAUAGCACUUUGGAGACCACCUUUGAUACUAAUGUCACCACUGAAAUAAGCGGACGCAGCAUCCUCAGUUUGACUGGUAGGCCAACACCUUUAUCUUGGAGACUUGGGCAGUCCAGUCCCCGCCUCCAGGCAGGUGAUGCUCCAUCAGUGGGGAAUGGAUAUCCUCCAAGAGCCAAUGCCAGCCGAUUCAUCAAUGCAGAAUCAGGACGUUACAUAUAUUCAGCACCAUUGAGAAGACAGCCAACAUCUCGGGACAAUAAUGUUUGCCAUGUGGAUAUCACAGACAAAGGAGGUGAUGAAGUAGAUCUUGAAAGAAUCAACAUGGAUGCGACAGGUUAUAUGAGUGACGGAGAUGUCCUUGGGAAAAAUAUAAGGAGUGAUGAUAUUACAAGUGGGUGA